AUGGCCGAUGGCCUGGGGUUCCAUUCCCCGGCCAAGUGGACCGAGGCCGUGAACCACCUUUCUGCAAAGCUCCGCGGCGCCGUCCCGGGUCUCGAGGUCCGCCUUGUCUUGGAGCCCGAGAUGGUGCCAGAUGACUUGGGCAAAGCAAGCUUGUGCGCCUGCAUCAAUGUCCCAAGGACCACCUGCGAGCUGCUCUCGUCCUUUGAAAAUCUCUUGGUUCUGUCAUCGCCCGAUGGAGUCAGCUCACUCGCGCGCCUUGUUCCACGGCAGAGCACUGGUCGUAGCGCCAACGAAGUGUUGGAGCGAUGCAUCGAGCUUUGGUCCAGGCAGACCUCGGAGGACUGCCUCUACGCGCUUCUUUUUGCUGUGCACUUUGCGGUCAUGCCGGUGGAGUUUGUGGCGCAGGAGCCCCAAAUAGACACCCUGGAUAAGGUGUUUACGCUUUGCACAGAGUGCCUAUCACAGGCAAUUUCAGCAGGUCUGGAUUCAGAAGCUCGGGCCUGCUUAUCUUGUCAAAGUGGCUGCGAUGUCCGUGACCAGACUCAAAUGUACCGUUGCACAGUGAGCCACGAGUCCGCACCCCUUGCCAGCCUGGUGCGUUGUUUCGAGCGGCGCGGCGUUUUCGACUGCGAGGCUCGCAUUCCCGACAUACAAUUUGAUCCGCUGAGCGAUUUCCGCGGGAAGCAGCUGAGUCUGGAAUUGGCCUGGGAGAUCAUGGAGGGCCAUUGGUCGGAUGAUCCUGCAAGCUGCUCCUGGAGGCCAGUGCUGGGACAGAAUCCGGCCUACGACUAUUUUCCCUGCCAGUUUAACAGUUGGUACAGAGAUCCGCGCGGGAAUCGAGGCUGGUACGAUCCUGUCUUCAAGGUUGUUACGCUUGAUGGACGCGAGGUCUGGCGCAAGCGUCACUACCGAGUCCUACCGGGUGACUUGCCUGGCAGCUUCAAUUUGAGCACCGAGGACAACGGAAUCUCCCUGCAAGAGUACUGGCGGAUUGUGGACGCGGAUGAUGGCCUCAGCUGGGCAGUGUUACACUACGCGGGUGCUGCCGCGAGGGUUGGCCAGAGCUACACGGGCUCACUGCUCGUAUCCAAAGAUGGCUGCUUGCCAGCAAGCAUUCCUUCAGAGCGCAUAGCAGCUGCAUUCCAGCGAGCUGGUGUUGCAAAGUUUGAGCUCUAUGCAAUCAAUCAGGGAGAGGCAUGCCUCACAGGCGGAGCCUGCGGGAAGCCGCCUCUCACCGAGUUUGCUGGUUUGCGACGGUACCAGUCACAGCUGGCUGCAUCCUGA